GACCUAGCAACGACACACCAAGCGCGCAAGGUCAUAUCAUGUCUCUAUCGGUUCAAGCGAUCAUCCAACAAGAGGCCGAAUGCCAACUUCCCUCCUUUGACAGCAAUGUCGCUUGGGAAUUGGGCUGUAUCAUUCGUAAGAAUGUACAAAAAAAAUUCACCAGGCCAGUCGUGGUAUACAUAGCCCGCGCAAACUCGAACCAGCUUAUGUUCUUUGCCCCAUCUGGUCCCGGAACGCUUCCCGAUAAUAUGCACUGGGUGAAACGCAAGGAAGCAGUUGUUCUUCGCUGGGAAGUAUCAACGCUUUUGAUGCGUCAGAGACUUUCAGAUAUGGGGAGUUCAUUACAACAAAAAUAUGAGAUGAACGACCCAAGCGUGUAUGCUGUCCAUGGAGGAGGCUUUCCGCUCAAGGUGAAAGGUGUGGAAGGGUUGGUCGGCGUCAUCGUUGUGAGUGGGUUAAGUCAAGAGGAUGACCAUGCCGUCAUAGUGGAAAGUAUCAAAGAAUAUCUG